CUCGCGCCACCGUUCUGGAGACGGCAACGCCCUACCGGUUCCAAUUCCAAUAUUCCAUGGCGCUGCUGUUGCUCCACCGCGGCACCACGCAUGUAGGUUACGCCACACGACACUUGAGCUCGUGCCUUCGUGCGUGUGUGCGCCUCCGUGUGUCUGUCCGUCCGGCGAGUCCACCACAGGUCCGUGUCUCCGGCGAGCGGCGGAUCCUCCCGUCUUCCUUCGUGCCGUCGACCUAUCCGUACGUGUCAGUGUCACCGCCACGUCGGGGACGCCGAUGGCCGGAGCACCGCCUCUUCUCGCGGCCGCGUGAGUGACUUGUGGGCCAACCGGCACCACAAUCACCGUGCACGGUACGCAGGCCGGCGUACGCGAUCCCAACUCAGAUCCCACUCACUCAACAUCCCCGUCUGGCCGCUGGCCGGGCCGUCCCUCUCUCUCCCCUCCCCCGCGCGCCUCGGGUACUCGCCGUGGUCCUAUUCGUACAGACGUACACCCCCACCUCCACGUGGGCCCACAAGUACGGCUGUCCCGCCUGUCGGCCUCAGCGGCCACGACUCCGCGUGCAGCCCGCGGCUAUAUAGCAACGCCUGCAGAGCACACGCCCCCGCGUCCCCUCCUCCUCCGGCGCUGCAGCUAGCCUCCUGCCCUCCUCGCUCCCCGCCUCGAUCUCCACCGCCGCGCGCGCUCGUGGGGUAGCAGUAACACCAGCACCGGCGGAGACCUGCGACCUGGGCCAUGACGAUGAGGGGCCUUCUCCGGUGCGUGUCGACGGGGGCGUGCAGGGUGGCGCCGGGCGCCGUGGCGGAGCCGGUGCCGGCGUCGCCGGGGGCCACCGGCGGGAAGGUGCCGGCGGGGCACGUGCCGGUGGAGGUCGGCGCGGAAGGGGAGGAGACGCAGCGGUUCGUCGUCCCCGCCGAGCUGCUGGGCCGGCCGCCCAUCGCCGAGCUCCUCCGCCACGCCGCGCAGGAGUACGGCUACGCGCGCCGGGGCCCGCUCCGCAUCCCCUGCCCCGUGGCCGCGUUCCGCCUCCUCCUCGGCGCGCUCGCGGGGAGCGGCGCCGGUGGACCCGACGGGGCGCUCACGCUCGCUUACUUCGCCGUGGCCGUCUGAUCGACGAGAUCCCCUAGCUAGCGUAGCGGGUUGGGUUCCUCCUUCCUUGAGGCGUGCGUUGUGCUGUCAGCGUUCUUGCUUCUCUAGAUUCCAUCUGUUCCUUCUACUCUUCUUUCUCUCCUUUGCUUUUUCUCCUCCCCUCUUUGUGCUAUGUAAAUAUGUAAUUUUUUUCAGAUUGAUGAGACGUUUAUUAUUCGGUAUA